AUGCUUUGUCGAAUUUCUCAGCACCAACUCACUGAACUAUUUAUUGGAGGAAAACUUUUAACUAGUGAAUAUCAACAAAAAUUAAAUGCAAUUUAUGGUAAACCAAAUCAAAACUGGGAAUUAAUUUAUAAAGCAACAAGAGAUGGUUUCAGAGCAGAAGAUUUUCAUCGAUCUAGUGAUGAUAAAGGACCAACAAUGACUGUUAUACAAGCGAAACUUGGUAACUAUUUAUUUGGUGGAUUUACGAGUCGAUCGUGGAGUGUCGAGUCAGGUCAUAAAAACGAUUCAAAAGCAUUUUUAUUUACAUUAACAAAUCCAGAUGAGGAACCACCAACAAAAUUCUUAAUUAAACCGAGUGAGACUGCCUAUGCUGUUUAUCAUUCCUCUAGUCUCGGUCCAGUUUUUGGAUAUGGAUAUGAUAUCGGUAUUUAUUCAAUGUCAAAUAAAAGUGAUUCCGGAUCAUAUUCUGCUUUUCCAAGCACAUAUAAUGAUACAACUGGCAAAGGCAAAGAAUUGUUUACAGGAUCAUCUAAAUUACAUGUUAAAGACAUCGAAGUUUAUAAAAUAUAUUGUUAUGAUCCCAGUGGUACAGGCACGAAAACUGAUGUUGCUGUUAAGCAGCAACAGUUAUUUAUCGGUAGCAGCCUUUUAACUAGUGAAUAUCAACAAAAAUUAAAUGCAAUUUAUGGUAAACCAAAUCAAAACUGGGAAUUAAUUUAUAAAGCAACAAGAGAUGGUUUCAGAGCAGAAGAUUUUCAUCGAUCUAGUGAUGAUAAAGGACCAACAAUGACUGUUAUACAAGCGAAACUUGGUAACUAUUUAUUUGGUGGAUUUACGAGUCGAUCGUGGAGUGUCGAGUCAGGUCAUAAAAACGAUUCAAAAGCAUUUUUAUUUACAUUAACAAAUCCAGAUGAGGAACCACCAACAAAAUUCUUAAUUAAACCGAGUGAGACUGCCUAUGCUGUUUAUCAUUCCUCUAGUCUCGGUCCAGUUUUUGGAUAUGGAUAUGAUAUCGGUAUUUAUUCAAUGUCAAAUAAAAGUGAUUCCGGAUCAUAUUCUGCUUUUCCAAGCACAUAUAAUGAUACAACUGGCAAAGGCAAAGAAUUGUUUACAGGAUCAUCUAAAUUACAUGUUAAAGACAUCGAAGUUUAUAAAAUAUAUUGUUAUGAUCCCAGUGGUACAGGCACAUCGGUAUCAUCAACCACAGCAUCGACCACUCUUCGACCAUCACAGCCAAAACCGUCACCUAGUACUACCAUGACCAAGACCACUACUAAAACUACUACCUUAUCUACUACGCAAAACAAGAAAUGUACGGAAAUCAUAGUCGGUAUUCAAUUUAACUAUCAUGAUCAUGAACCAGUGAGUAUGAAAACAAAUGUUCAGAAACCAGAAGUAUGUCGUGAUCAAUGUGAGUUGAUAAAAGAUUGUAUAGCUUGGACAUAUUAUCCGUGGGCAAAAAGCUGUUUCUUUACAAAUUUACUAAAAGCCAUAACCGACGUGGAUCGUGAUGACCGUGAAGUUGUUAGUGGAAGAUGUGGAAAAGCCGGUAAGUAG